AUGGGCAAAUCAGCCAGAGUCAUCUACUGGUUCAGGACAGACCUGCGUCUCCACGACUCGCCAGCACUCAAGGCAGCCCUGGACCUCAACCCAGAGUGCCUCUGGCCCAUAUUCACGUGGGACCCUCACUAUGUCUACCGCGCCAAGGGGGGCACCAACAGGUGGCAGUUCCUCCUGGACUGCCAGAACGACCUCUCCGAGUCCAUCACCAAGCUGAACAAGAAGUCCAAGCUCUUCGUCCUGCGCGAGGGGCCCCAGACCCUAUUCCCCAAGCUCUUCAAGGCCUGGAAGGUGACGCACCUCGUCUUCGAGAAGGACACGGACGCCUACGCCCGUGACCGCGACCACGUCGUCGCCGAGGCCGCCAAGAAGGCCGGCGUCGAGGUCAUCAUCAAGUCGGGCCGCACGCUGUGGGAUAGUGACCAAAUCGUCAAGGCGAACGGCGGGAAGCCCACCAUGUCGGCGGCACAGCUCCGGAACGCGGGCGACAAGUGCGGCAAGAUGGCCAAGCCCAUCCCUGCCCCCAAGUCCCUGCCGGACCCGGGCGACAUGCCGGUGGAUGACCUCGCCAACGAGCACGAGCAGCCGCCCUCGGACCCAGACUUCAACGCGGCGUGGCGCACGCUCAAGGAUAAGGGGUAUACCAAGCUCGCGGGGCCGAGGGGCGAUUUCGCGAUCGAGACCAUGGCGGAGCUGGGGUUCCCCGAGGCGACGACGCCGCACCGGGGAGGCGAGACGAUCGCGCUUGAGAUGCUGGACAAGGUCAUGGCUGACGUGGAGUACGCCGCCACCUUCCGCAAGCCUGACACCAGCCCGGCCGCGUUCGAGCCGCAGUCGACCACCCUGCUGAGCCCCUUCCUGCACUUCGGCGCCCUGAGCUGCCGUCUUUUUUACCACAAGGCCCAGGAGGCCUGUGAUAAGUACAAGGGCAAGGCGUCGUCGCCACCUGAGAGUCUGACGGGGCAGCUGUUGUUCCGGGAUAUGUACUUCGCGGCCCAAGCAGCUCUAGGCCACGCAAUGAUCCAGACAGCGCACAACCCCCAGGUCCGCUUCGUCCCCUGGCACCUCCCCUCAGUCCUCGAGGCCAGCACCAGCCCCACAGACAAGACAACCAAGGAGAUCACCACCCCAGGCAAGUACAAGAUCGACAACCAGCAGGCGGAAGAGUGGUUCCAGCGGUGGAAGGCCGGGACCACGGGCUUCCCCUGGAUCGACGCGCUGAUGCGGCAGCUCCGGCACGACGGCUGGGUCCACCACCUGGGGCGGCACUCGCUGGCGUGCUUCCUGACGCGGGGCGGCUGCUACGUGCACUGGGAGCGCGGCGCCGACGUCUUCAGCGAGCUGCUGCUGGACCACGAGCCCGCGUGCAACGGCGGCAACUGGCAGUGGCUCAGCUGCACGGCCUUCUUCGCGCAGUACUACCGCUGCUACUCGCCCGUCAGCUUCCCGCAGAAGUGGGACAAGGAGGGCCGCUUCGUGAGGAGGUGGGUGCCCGAGCUGGAGGGCGUGCCGGCCAGGCACAUCUAUGAGCCGUGGAAGGCGCCCAUCGCGGACCUCAAGAAGGCCGGCGUCAGGCUCGUCGAGUUCCCUGGCGUCGGCGAGGAGAUGGCCGAGGGGACGUACCCGAAGCCCAUGUUCGACUUUGGCGAGAGGCGGACUAUCUGCAUCGCGAGCCUGAAGAAGGCGUACAGCGUUGGCCUGCGCGGGGAUGACAAGAAGGUGCUGGACGGGAGCUGGAGGGAGCUGUUUGAGGGUGGUGGGGACAACGAAGAGGUGAUGGGUCUGACUGACCAGAGCGACGAUGGCAGGGAUGCAGAUAAUGGUGAUGCUGGCAGCAAAAAGUCCAACGGAAAGCGGGCAAAGGCAGGGCCUAUGGACAGGCAUGUGAAAAAGCAGAAGACAUAG